AUGUACUGCCAGAGGUUGUACACCUACUACAAGACCAUCUUCCUCAGUGUCAUCACUCGUGAAGCUACUAAUGCUGGAGACUACGAUACCCUUGUCGAACUCAAGUCACUAGGAGAAGUCUUGUCUACUGCAUACUACAAGCAUGAGUUCUUUAUUCAACUAUUGGCCGCUGAUACUACUGAGGAUCUGGAUGACUUCCUUGAACCCGUGCCGGAAACCGUUGGUGGCGGGAAAGAUUCCUGCGAUAACAAGCCACGAGCGUGCAAAAAUUGCAGCUGUGGACGUGCCGAAUUAGAGGUAAAGGUUGGUGCGGAAGAGGCCAAGAAGAGGAUUGAAGAAGCCAAGAAGGGCGAGGUCAAGAGUAACUGUGGAAACUGUUAUCUUGGCGACGCAUUCAGAUGUGGUACCUGUCCGUAUCGUGGGUUACCUGCCUUCAAGCCCGGUGAGAAGAUUCAGAUGGAUCAGUUGAUAUCUGAUAUUGACGCUAAAGUUGAAUAG